CACACUCGUCGACGGCGACGCUGUGGCAAUCUGUCGACGAUGGUAUUCAGAAUGGAGAGCGGUGAAGGUCCGUUUGCACAACCCUCUUCCUCUGACACACCUGCACCGUCGAACCCUUGGACGUAUCGGCUACUCUACAGAGGCGGCCUCUCUUUGCCCGACUCUCACCUUACUCUUGACGGGCUGGCUUUCCUGCUUCGAAGACCUGCCUCACUGGAGAAGAUGGAACUCGACAACCCGUUAGCACUUGCGCUUGAGACCCUUCGAGGACGGCCGACUCUACGAUUUUUGGGUACAGCGAAAGUGAAGGACCUGUGGCUGGAUGAAGGCCCGAGUGGCGACGUAUUGAUGUACAUCCAUCCAGACUCGUUCCUCACGACCGUGUACUUUGAGAAUAUCCUUUGCCUGCAGCCCGAGCUUUCGGACGACGGCCGGACGGAGGACGGGGUGCGCAUUGGCCUAGGAGACGACCACUCCGAGAUUCUGGUCUACGGUCAGAGACAGCAGAUGCCCACAAGUAGCCCAUCUUCCCUCCUCACCCUCUGUGUAUCUCGCAUUUUACCUGGUCCAAGACCGCCCAGACCGGACGACCCCACUCCGCGAAAGCCACCAAAAUGCCUGCUGCUAUCUGAGGCUGAUGGUGGACAGAACAAACGCCGGAAGGAGAGAGGUGAGGACGAGGCUGUCCGGAGGGCGAGGGAGAUCAUGCUACGCGGACCAAAGGCAGGGCCUUCGAAGCUCCCUCCGUCGAAACCUGGACCAAAUAAUGCGAAGAGCAGUGACGCGACGUUCAAAGUGCCCAAUGUUCCUGCAGGUAGCCGGGCAGCUGCUGAUC